AGUCAUUUUAACCUUUUUGUUUAUAAGAAAAGUAUUUCUCGCUGAUAUGAAAAACCGUACCGCAAGGGAUCCGUGUUCACAUUCAGACCGAGCGUCGGUGUUCUUUGCGAAAGUCCCAUGGGAAGAAAACACCUUGAUCAAUAGGCGUUCAUUUGGUAUUAUCUAGCUAAACCGGUUCUAUUUAGCCAAGGAAUGUAAAGACCGUGUCAAUCACCUGAAAGUCAAUCAACGGUAUUUGAAACCAAGCGCCGUCAUCAUAUGACACCUAGAAAGACUGAUGUGGGUUCCCCCAUUCAAAAAGGUAGCUAUAAUGCCGCCAUAAUGCCACCUAAGUCAUCAAUGCAAUGAAACACAUUUCCAACUUUGCUGUGCUUGUGAGUGAAGGCACUGAAUAUGUAAAUAGUCAUAAUUAUCUGUAAUACUAUAGGAUUAUGAAUUAUUUGAAAUGUGUUUCCUUAGAUUAUAACGUAAUAUAGCCUAAACCAAUCAAAUGUGAAUAGCCAACAUAUUUUUGUGCAUCUUUGCAUUCUGAGUAGCCUAAUCCAGUUCACUGUCAAAGUGCUGAAAAUAAAUAGCAACCAGCGUUCUCUGACACUGUGCUGUCAAAAUAUAAUGAUAGACAUUUUCAAGCAUUUCACUGACAUUUCAAAGAGAAUCGUGCAGCUGCAGAUUUAAUUGCAGCUUGUCUGAGUGACGCAUGGCCCCCUUGCUAUCAUGCUGAAGAGCAUCCUUCAUAUACCAUGUUUGGCUGUAUGUCUGUUUCUGUACUGUAGGCCUGUUACCAGGGGGGUGAGAAGAGACAGUGCGGAGUGUGUGUUGGGGAGUGAUGGAGGAGUUUCCAGUGAGGACGGUGGAAGGGCUGUGUCUCGGCACCAGCUUGGCUAUAUCUGGCUUCUUCUACUACAUCUACAGGAAAAAGAGGAAAACAGUGGACAAGCUCAAUGAUGCUCCGCAGUUGACUUUGGAUGGGAAACUGGCAGGCCUUUUGAACGCGACACCGGGAAAGUGUCUGCAGUAUGUUGUCAUUGAAGGGGCAGUGCAGCCUCUGGGGGAGCCUUUGAGGAGUCAGUUCCAGGAACGCAGUGUGGGGGUGGUGCAGAAACUCAUGCUGAGGGAACACAAGCUGGUGUGGAAUAGCCUGUCUCGCACCUGGACGGACAGUGAGCGUGUGCUGCACCAGAGGGUGAACGCGGUGCCCUUCAGCCUGGUCGGGUCGGACCAGGCCAACGUGAGGGUGCUGUGUCCCCUGGAGGCUUCGGGGCUGGAGAUGGAAAUCAUCCAUGAGAAGUUCCACCAGGCCACCUAUGGUUUCACCGACAUCAUCGGGCAGUACCUCAGUGGAGAGAAGCCCAAAGGCCAACUGGAGACUGAGGAGAUGCUCAAGGUUGGCGCUACUCUGACGGGUGUGGGCGAGCUCAUCCUGGACACGGACCGGGUGCUGAAGCUCCGCCCGCCCACCGACGGCUCAGAGUACUUCCUCACCACCUCAGACUUUGAGACCCUGCGGCUGGAGCAGGAGGGCCAAGCGGUGGUCUGGCAGGUCCUGGCCUCUGUGUUCGCCCUGGCCGGGUCCGCCAUCCUCUUCUGGUUGGGCCACCGCUACUACCGCAGCCUGAGGGUCCGCUGGGACCAGGAACGGCUGAGAAGGGAGUUUGAGAGGUUGGCUGCUGGUGGGACGGGGGAAGGGUCUACGGCUGGGGAUACACAAGAGGGGUCUGGGGAGCAGGAGACACCCUUGGGAAACGCCUGUGUGAUCUGCCUGACCCAGCCGCGUAGCUGUGUGCUGCUGGAGUGUGGGCACGUGUGCUGCUGCUACAGCUGCUACCAGGCUUUGCCCAAGCCCACCUGCCCCAUAUGCCGGCAGGCCAUCAAGAGGGUGGUGCCCCUCUACCAGGCCUGAUGCCCAGCCUAGGAGAAGAACAGAUAUGUGUUCAUGGUUGGUCUAUGUAUCUUCUGGGGUGUUGUUACCUGUACUCCUAGAAAGACACGGUCAAGGUGAUAGAAUGGAGACAUUUUAUAAUUGACAUUUUGGCUGGCUGUAAAACCUUGAAGAUACGUCUCCACGUAGAGGCAGGAGGAAAGAGCACCAGAAGGACCGAACUCCACUGUGAUGAGAACAACAGUCACCCUGAAAAUACAGCUUUGGAGAGCCGAGGAGAGGCCUAAGCUAGCAAGACAGAGCAGGACGUGCACACACCAGUCCUUAAACCCUUCACAAUGUCAGAGAGAGAGACCAACUCUUGAUAGACCAGGCAAACCAUCGCUGUACUUAUUAAACUGUAAUAAUUACCUGUAGUUCUUGGCAUUCUCAACACAAAUAGGCUAGGUGCCGCUACUGUAUUAACAAAAUGUGAAUCUGAGGUUUGUGAACAUUUUGAAGCACUUAGCUUCAUAAUACAUAUGCAUUUAACAGCUGUUGAUUUUGGUUUUGAAUAGUAAAUACUUGUUUAUAUACUGAACAAAAAUAUAAAUAUACAGAUUUUUACUGAGUUACAGUUCAUAUGUAAAUCAAUUCAUUAGGCCCUAAUCUAUGGAUUUCACAUGGCUCGCAGCCAUGGGUGGGCCUGUACAUACUCACUUGGGAGCCAGCCCAUCAGAAUUACCCCCCCCAACACACACACACAAAUGGCUUUAUUACAGACAUAUUCCUCUGCACACCCCCAGACGAUCCCGCAGUUGAAGAAUAGUUGAGUCCGGUUGGAAAUACUGUCAAAUUCUCUUAAAUUACGUUGGAGGCGGCUUUUGGUAGAAAAAUUAAUUCAAUUCUCGGGCAACAGCUCUGGUGGGCAUUCCUGAAGUCAAAAUGCCAAUUGCAUGCCCUACCUCAACUUGAAACAUCUGUUGUGUGAUAACUGCACAUUUUAGUGGCCUUUAUUGUUCCUGGCACAAGGUGCAACUGUGUAAUCAUCAUGCUGCUUAAUUAGCUUCUUGAUAUGCCACACCUGUCAGGUAAUGGAUUAUCUUGGCAAAGGACUAAUUCUCUCUAACAGGGAUGCAAAGCAAAUUUGUGCAUUUUUAGAGAGAAAUAAGCUUUUUGUGCAUGUGGAACAUUUCUCUGAUCUUUUAUUUUAGCUCAUGAAACAUGGGAGCAACACUUAACAUGUUAAGUUUAUAUUUUUGUUCAGUAUAGAUACUGGGAAUGGAGUUCUCUCAUAAAUACAAGUGUGCAUAUGGAUGUAGAGGUGUUUACUUUUGUAGUACUAUCACUUGCUUUGUGCCUUAUUUUCACUCCUGGUGUAAGGAGGGGGGGUAGUUCCACCAGUUUUAUUUUUGUUGUAAAAGUAAAGACUCCGGUCAAAACGCUUUGACAGGGAAUGGAAGCUUGUUGUUUCCAACAGGGAGGGGGGCAAUUGAAUGGAACUUGAACAUUUCUGAAAUUGGUAACAUUUGUAGCCUAUCUAUGGGUAACCGGGUUGAUGUUUUAUGGUCGACCCGCUCCGUUUUCCAACACAAAACACCAGAAAAGGUUAAAAAAACAAGAGUAGUACCAGCUCACCUGGUUUUUACACUAUGAAAUUACUACUAAAUGUUCCAUAUUGAAAGAUGUAUUGAAUUCUCCUUGUGGUCUAUAUUAAAGGGCAAUUCAUUUGUCAUAACAGGCUUUAAAAGUUCUAUAUUUGUACUUUAAAAUAUCAAAGGGAUGCAAAAGGUACUCAUUUCUCAUUGACUGUGUAAAUCAUCUGAUCACAUUGAAUUUGUGAUAACCCAAUGUUGAAUAUUGUAAAAAAAAAAAAAAAGUAUAGAUUGCAUAAAACAAAGGUUUAACCUGUUUAAACUGUCAGUAACCCCCCCCCCCCCCCCCCCCCCCCCAGUGAAACACUGCUCUUUUUCCAGGAACACCAAUGUACUCUGAAAAGUUUGCUGUCGUGAGUCACCUAUCCUGCUAUUUCUGUCAUCUCUAACAAGCAGAGGGGAGGAGUAGAUAGCCACCUACAGAGUUUUGGGGCACUAAGGAAAUGGAAAAGUUGAGAACCUACUGGCAUGUGUGGGUUGGGUGAGGGGGGAGUGAGUGAGGAGCAGGUGGAGGAUUAGGUGUCGUAUAUCUUCCUGGGGGGGAGGGGGGCAGUCUGAGAGAAUCCUUCAUGAGCUCCCCUGGCAGAGCAACAGCUGUGGCUCUUGGGGGUAACUUAAACCUCAACAUGUCAUGACGCUAAAGACAGGAAUUUCUUCAGGUUUGCAGUACACGCUGAACUUACAAGAGUGAUCCCUCACCAAACCAGUUUCAAACCAAUGCACAUUCUACCAUGAUAAAUAAUGUGAUUAGUAAAGUGGCCACCAGGGGGCCUACUUGCAUCUGUUUCAUUAUACUAACAAUGACAAGUUAACCGCUGUGAGUUUAUGAUAUUGCUGUUCAUUAUUUGUAUUGCUGUUCAUAUAAUACAAUAAUAAUAAUUACAUUUUCCCCUGAAUUAUGACAAUUAUUGAACUAUGACAAGUUUAACUUGCAGGAAACAUCAGGUCAGAGCUCCUGAUAUGAGUUAUGGGACACUUGGAGAACUAAUCACCUUUAUUUGCCAAAUAUAUUUGCAAGUACAGGAAUUUGACUGUGAAAUUGUGCUUCCACAAUAAACAAAAUAUAUAAUUGAAACAAA